AUGACAAAAGUAUCGCUACAGACUGCUGUUACCCAAAACAACAAGUGGGUCUCUGCACGAUCUCUGACAGCCGUCUUUGUCGGCGGGACCAGCGGUAUUGGCGAAUACACCAUUCGUUCGCUCGCUGCUCACUACGGCAAGAGUGCUCAAACUCUGUCCUUGUACCUUGUAGGCAGGAACGACGAUGCANGCCACAAAAUCUUCAACGACUGCCGCAAGUUAUGUCCUUCUGGCGACUUCAACUUUGUCAAGGCCUCUGAUCUAUCACUCAUUCGCGAUGUCGACAAGGCAUCAGAAGACAUCAAGCAGCUCGUCAGCCAGGCGAGCACUGACAAGGGCACAACACCAUGUAUCGACCUGCUGAUCAUGAGUCAUGCCGACUUGCACAUUGGUGGGAGGAGAGGUGAGUUUGUUUCGCGUACUUUUGAAGAGGAUCUCUUUCUAAUCGCUCUUGCUCAACAGNAGACCAAAGAAGGCCUUGACAAGACCAUGUCAAUGCUAUACUAUUCCCGCAUGCGUUUCGCUGUAAAUCUUCUGCCUCUAUUACGGGCUCCCGAGGCUUCUCAUGUCAUCUCUGUCUUCGGAGCAGGUUUGGUAAGUCCAUGCUAUUCAUCCCUCUUACUCAACAGUGCUGAUGCUUUUGCCCAUCCAGNNGAGCAAAUCAAAGAUUUUGAUGCCGAAGACAUGUCCUUCCGCAAUGCAAAGAGGUAUAACAUGUCUCGAGCCCGCACCCACGUCGUCACCAUGACAACGUUGUUCAUGGAAAAGUUGGCCGCCCAGAAUACCGGUAAGGUCGCCUUUGUCCACCUCUUCCCUGGCGUAGUCAUCACACCAGCAUUUGGCAAUCAAGAUCUUCCAAGCUGGUUCCGCGUCAUGUGGACUGUUGCAAAGCCAGUCGUCAAAUACGCCAUGGCCGUGUCGCCAGAAGAAAUUGGCGAGCGUAUCCUUUACAUGUCUUCAUCGGUAGUGCCACCGAGGGACUCGCAGGCCGCUGAAGACGCCUCUGUCAAGGUUGCAACAAGUACUGAUGGUGUUGUUGGCGGAGGAGCCUAUGCUUGCAAACACGACGGGGAGACCAUCGAUGUUCAAACCAAGUACAGGGAUCUUAAGAAGUCCAAGGUCGAUGAAAGAGUUUGGGAUCACACCAUGAGCGUCUUCCAGCAGAUUGAAGAAAGUGGUACUUACAAAGAUUAG